UGCACUCCUCCUUCAUCCCACAUUAUUCCGAUGGACUCCCUCCGCAUCGUUCCCGGUCGCGAGACCAAGCCCGCAACCGUCCAGGACACCAGCAACAGCUUCGGCCUCCACGAUGCCCUCAAGUAUGGCCCCCGCAGUCUCGCAGCGGAGGUCACCAAGAUGAGCACAGUCCGCGACCGUCUAGAGAAUUGGGAGGCGACGCAAGACAACAUGAAGCUCCAGAUGCAGCGACAGCUCUUCGGCCUGCAUAUGCCCAUGCGCAUCCUCAUGGAGCGCAAGAUCGUCAGCCAGAACCCGCACAUGCCUAUCCUCCCCCAGUCCAACCUCCACCUCGACAUCCUCAUGGGCCGUGACGAGGUCCUCGAUUGCGCAGACUUCAUGGGCUCAGCGGCCGAGAUGGUACAACCUAUGGACAUCCACGCCGACAUGGAGAAGAAGCUUCGCAUGUAACUCAGUCGUCCCAAUCGCCGCAUGUAAUGUCAUGACUCUCUCGCUGCCUGUAGACCUAUCACUUGCACGCGUUCCUCAUGUACGUAUGAGGCUUCCGCCGCAGCUGUAUUCUAUCGCAAUCAUUUCCAGUGAUUCCCGC